UAUUUUUAUUAUGAGAAUUAUUAAUCCGUACCUAACAAAUGGUAAGGAAAAUACGCGGGAGAUCCAAGACGUCAAGAUUUUCGGAGAGUGCAAAAUGCCCACAAUAUCAAACGAGGCUCUACGUGAAGAGUUUGAACUAUUUGAGAGUGAUAUAAAUGAGGAUUUUUUAACAAAAUUGCGAGAAAUGUGCCUUCAGUUUCACCAGACUGAAGCUGAAAUUGCACAGGAAUGGGUUGCAUUCAAGUCCUCAAAACCUGGCAUCCAGAUGUCUUUCACAACAUUGGAAAAGUUUGAAAAAGAGUGGCUGCCAAGAAAAAAGCCUAGACCAGUAAAGCAGGAAGCAAAAAGUUCCACAGGAGUGGGUGCUUUUAGUAACAGAAUUGGAGAUGAGGAGGUUGAUUUACUAACCAUGUACACUGGUACUCCAACAUCAGAUGGGAGCAAGAGUGCUGGUAAAAGACAAAUCACUCCAGAAGAAAAAAAUCUUAUACGGAAACGUUUAGCAGUUUCUGAGAAAAACCCAGCCAUGAUUUUCUCUCCAAACAGCUUUUCACCAGCUCCAAAAAGGACCGUCACACCUUCCAGCAACAAAUUUUUAUCUCGCACAUCAGCAGGAGAAGUGCUUGUAAACUUUGGUGCCACGAAUGGUGUAGCAUGGGGAGGAGCAGUGCAAGAAUGCACAUUAGCACCAUACAGGCCCUCACAGGACAGUACCAAGCAGUACAGAUACAUGUUCCAGAAGCUGUCAGAAAAGGCACAAGUGCUUGAUGAUCAGAUAGAAGAAAUGACAAGCUUCCUUUGUGAAAAAUAUCACAUUGAAGAAUUUGUCAAUUUUACACUUCCUGCUCAGGAUGUUGUUCACAUCAGUGGGCGUGUGGCAUGUGACAGCAUUGGAAAACUGAACAGCCAGUCUGUUGUUCUAGAAGGUUCAAGGCAGUUGUCACAGGGCAGGCAGAUUGCUGUUGAUCUCUCUGAACUGACAGAGUAUGCACUUUUCCCUGGUCAGGUCAUAGCUGCAGAAGGAGUGAAUAUCACAGGCAAAAAACUGCUUCUCAAAAAAGUUUUUCAGGGUGUUCCACUACCUCUUCCUCAGACCAUCACAAAAUCUGAACCGGGAAUUAACGUGAGAGUGCUGAUUGCGGCUGGUCCUUAUUCUGCAGUGGAUGAUCUUGAAUACCAGCCCCUGGUAGAGCUUCUCGAUAUCAUUGAGCGCGAUACUCCUGAUGUUUGUAUUCUGAUGGGGCCAUUUGUAGAUAGCAAGAAUACAUUGAUUGAGAACAGCAAUACACAGAAAACUUACAAAGAUCUUUUCAAUGAGUGCAUGGAUACGAUUGCUGACAGAACUAGCAGGUUGAACUGCAAGGUGAUUUUGGUGCCAUCAUUACGGGAUGUCCACCACCAUCCUGUGUACCCACAAGGACCAUACUCCUUGUCAAAAACAAUACCACAGAAUUUUUACCUUGCUACAGAUCCUUGCACAAUGGUCAUCAACAACAUAGUCUUUGGUUUGACCUCCACAGAUGUUCUCUUCCACAUUGGUGCAGAAGAAGUGGCAUUAAUUAAGACUGGUAACACAGACAGGCUGGAAAGACUAGUACGCCACAUGCUGCAGCAGCACAGCUACUACCCUUUGUAUCCCCCAGCAGAGGAUGUUAAUGCAGACUAUGAACAUUUUGAGAGUGUUACCAUGCCUGUCACACCCCAUGUCCUUAUCACUCCAUCUGAUCUUCGCUAUUUUAUCAAGGAGAGUCACGAGUGCUGCUGUAUUAAUCCAGGCCGACUUGCAAAAGGUCAAGUUGGUGGAACUUAUGCUCGUCUUGUCCUGCAACCUCCAACCAGCACAGGAAAUACAUCUGUGGUAUCAACCAUAGCAGGGCAGAUCCUUCGCAUCUGAUUAACUAAUUUGCACAGUCUGUCACAUCCUUGAGAAUGUCCUAGAGGACCAAUGCUGGAAAAUGUAGGAGGAAAAAAACUAUGUACAUAUUCUUUGUAUGUACUUGUAUAUGCUUAUGUAUUCUUGGAUGGAAGUGUCUGUACAUAAGUGUUUUAGGUUGCAUGGAGAGAAUAUAAUUUUUUUUUUUUAGGAUUAUUUUACUGUUAAACUAUCACAACACAGUUAUGGUCAUAAGGCUCUAUGUAAAAGAAUUAAAAUGUCAACAUUCCUGAGGUUUUUUCUCAUAUAGUGUGACUGGUUGAAUGUGUGAUCUGGUGGCUUACCAACAAAGGGCUAUAAACUGAGUACCAACCAUACCUUCAGCCCUGCUUACCACUCAGCACAAAUUAAGUACUUGGUUUUUUUAUUGGCUGUUAUUGAAGACCAUUUACCUAUUUAAUGUCCAGGAGUAAGAAGUCAACAUUUACAGUAACAAUGUACUAAACUGUCAAAAAAUCAUCUUAGUUCAAUAACUGUUAUCUGCAUCUAUAAAACAUUAACCAUUUUCUUGCAACUUCAUAUUCAAACAUGAGUGAACGAUCUCAUGGUUUUUGUGUAAAUCAGUGUUUUAUGUCCUUUCAACCAGGUUAACAGUGAUGGAUGGAUUGUAUUUGUCCUAUUUUCUGCUG